CCUGACAAUAUUCCAAACAAGUUUUUCACAGUACCUCGACGUCUAGUGAACUUGAAAUUAAAUCUGGAAUAUUCUUUUUACGUAAUUCAAGUGUGAGUUCGACGUACGAUUCAAGGACGUGACACCGCCCUGAUUCGGUUUGAUCCUCUUCUUAAGAUUAUCUACGAUGAAACUGUUGUUUUUCUAGUUAAUUUCGAGUCCGAGGAAGCUGUGCGUAAAGUGACAUAACCGAAAUGAUUCUAGUUUCACUAUGGGCGACUCUCGUCUUAUCAGUAACGCAAGUUUCGUGUUUAAGAAUUCUGACGGUAUUCCCUCAUGAAGGCAGGAGUCAUCUGUAUGUUUUUGCACCUGUUAUACACGAGUUACUCGGUAGGGGACAUCAUAUUACAGUGAUCACGAGGCAUACCCUAGGUUUUAAAUCCAAUAAUUUAGUCGAAGUUAUCCUGGAAGGAAAAUUUAAAGGAGUGAAUGAUUAUAGCUUGGAUAUGUUCGAUAAACCAGGGCUAGUUCUUGCUUUCGGAAGCGCCGUAGUUCUUACCUCAAUGGGUAUAGAUAGCUGUCAUUCAAUAUACACGAAUCCUCAAGUGCAGAACUUGAUGAAGUCAGAUGAAAAAUUCGAUCUGAUCAUAGCAGAAAUGUUCAAUAACGAAUGUUACUUAGGCUUUGCCGAUAAAUUCAAAGCCCCUGUUAUAGGCUUCUCAUCCACGACGUUGAUGUCCUGGCACGCAGCUAGAUUUGGCCAGCCUACCAACCCCUCCUACAUACCAAAUAAUCAUUUUAGGUCUGGAGGAAAGAUGGGUUUUUUCAGUAGACUCGAGAAUUUCCUCGGAACUUCUUGGUAUUCUUUGGUCCAUCUCUUCCAAGUGAAAUAUAAUGAAAAGGUAUACGGGAAAUAUUACGGAGGGCAGAUUGAUUCUUUCGACGACUUGAUCAAAAAUAGUAGUUUGUUGCUCGUCAAUUCGCAUUUCUCGUUGCAUCAACCGAUUCCUUUUGUGCCUGGAGUAGUUGAGAUUGGGGGAGUCCAUAUAGGUGCACCGAAGAAAAUACCUGAGGUAAUUUUGCGGGCUAUUCCUUCGUCGAGUAUGAACGUCUUUAUUUCACUCUUGAAUAUCGCUUAUUUUUUCGCCCCUCUUUUCGCUUUUGACAUACUGGCAGUGUUCCCUCAUCAAGGAAGAAGUCAUCAAUCAGUUUUCGGACCAAUCGUACGCGAUUUAGUGGGAAGAGGACAUAAAUUGACAGUGAUAGUUCAUUACAGCUACGAUGUGAAGAACGAAAACUACAAGGAAAUUUUGCUGGGCGACGUGAAUGGAACAGGGCAUGAUUUCUUCGAUAUGGAAACUCUGGAGGUUCCAGUUAUCAUAUCUCAACUGAUACAUCCAUUUCUACUCACAGAUCUUGGAUUAGAAUCAUGCUCAACGAUGUUGUCCAACGCUGAAGUUCGCGAAUUGGUCGAAUCGGAUAAGAGGUUCGAUUUGAUUUUGGCUGAGUUCUUCAACAGUGAGUGCGUCUUGGGUUUUGUGGGUGCUUUCGAGGCACCCCUGGUCGGGAUAACCACCGGAAUACUGAUGCCAUGGCACGGUGAUAGGUUGGGAAAUCCAGACAAUCCCUCCUACAUCGCCAGCAGUCAUUUGGGCCAGCAGGCUGAAAUGGGAUUUUGGAAUAGGUUGUAUAACCUUAUAGGGACGCAGUGGUAUAAAAUCGUGUAUUGGUGGAAGCUGACGGACUGUCAGAAGAUAGUGGAAGAACAUUUUAGAAGAACCUUCAAGCCAUUCCAGGAAUCGAUGAAAGAUAUCAGCAUGCUACUCGUGAAUUCUCACUUCUCACUCACUUUUCCAAGACCUCUGGUUCCUGGUAUAAUUGAAGUUGGUGGAGUUCACAUUGAAAAAGCUAAGGCAUUGCCUGGAGUAAGUGUUUCUGACAAAACUCAGGUUGAAUUGCUGCAAGAUGUUGAGGAUAGUCUGCUUAUGGUGGUUGGUUUCGAGAUUAACAUUGCCUCGUCAAUAAUCUUGAUAGAAAUAAAAUGUAUGAAACAAGGGGAACUUAAGUAUAAAGGAUGGGUUGCAUAG